CAUGCAAUCCUUCAGGGCCAUAUUCGAAUCCGAAUCCAAUUAUAGCUAAGGACAGUUCAUUUUAUGUUAUAUAACAUCUUGCAACCUUUUCGGAAGAUGACCACCUCUCUUCCAGGAGGAUGUAAAUGGCCGUGAAAGACGUUGGUCCGAAUACAUGACCUGAUGAGAAUCGCAGAUCUAGUUUCUGCUCAUUCCAGUCGCAGUUAAAAUGUCAGACUCAAACGCGUCGCCGGCGGAAGUCCGUGUUUCUGUCAUCGCUCUGGUCGUUUCAUUGGUUGCACUUGUUGCUACCACCGGGCAAUUGCUACAACAGUAUUUUGCAACAGCAGAUGGCUACCGUCGUUGCCAAUCGUCCGUCAUGGGCGCUUGGGGUAAGAAGACAAGACUGCGGUGGAGAUGGCGUCAGUUUCGAUUUGAGACGCUGUAUUCGACGCCUGAAAUAUUCAUGACGGAUAUGUUUUAUCCGAUCUGUUCGGCCGAAUACCUGCUAGGGCUGAAUGACAUGGAACUCAAUAAGCUGUGGAGUGCCCCUGGCCCCAACAACUAUGGCAGACUUGCUGGCGAGAGCAGGUCUAAUGGAGACCUUGUUGGCUGGCUUGAGUUGCUAUCUCAGAUGCACCGCUCAACUCAUAAGUCAUUGUCACCAGCUAAGACUAAAGAUGAUGUUAACCGUGAAAUUAAACUCGUCAACGCACAUCAACAAUUUCACUCGGAUUACCGCCGAAUACCGGCAAUAGAAGUUGUGGAAAGGUCAUGGGACUUUCAGCCACCAGAUGUGUCGCGGCCUUUGGCGAAAACUACGCUCAGUACUUUGGCGGUAAUGGCUCGGAGGAUGGGCAUGCGAUGGAAGGUCUUCCGCCCUGAAGAUGGGAUCAUGCACGCCGAAGGCGGCGGCCAUGUCCUUACAUCGACGGUUGUGAGAACGCUUGGUCUUGUUGUUCAAUACAAUUACCACGGCCAGACCGGCUCUUACUUCCUGAACAAUUCAUAUUCUAAAAAAGCGGGCCUUGGGACAGCACGUAAGAAUGAAGAAAUAUACAUCCCCACUCGCGAAGCAGACAGUCUCGGCGCAGGUGUUGUUCGCGGGGAUGAAAGACUUGGCCUCUCGGAUUUUGUCCUCACAACCCAGGACGAUAUAGUCGAUGCCCUGAACAGCCUAGUAUCUAGGAACGGCAUGGGUGAUUUGCUGAAGGAAAUAUUGCGAUUCGACGCUGGCUUUAUGUUCCCCGUGGGAGAUUUAAUUGCCUUUUCCAUGAUACCGAUGUGCAUUCCAAAUCAAGGAGAAUAUAUGUCACUGGUCCAGAUACCUGCACCGAGCGAUAAUACAGGUGGAGUUACCGCGUCCAGAGCCGGCCGCCUCUCUUUCCGUGGGAGUCUUCGUGACCAUCUUGGAGAUGUAUACUUACACAAUGCCUUGGAAACACAAUCCUUUGCCGACGUCUUAGAAACGGAAUUAUCCGCCGGUAUUUCAGAAACAGCCUCCUCUACCGACCCUGCAAGGUUUACAGCAUCUUGGGCAUUGACAAAGAUCGAGCAACUGAUAAUCGAGGCCGAUGACGACGACAAUCUCAAGAAGAACCCUCCUAAGAAUGCGGAGGAUGAAGGGUGGAUCGUCCGCCGCAAGACUAGUGUCGUUACGCUGGCGCUCGACAUACUUGCACAGUGCAGUGACUACUUCUCAAGCCUAAGUUCUGAGAUCCCUCAAUUCACAUACCCGGCAUUCCUAGAUUCCCACAUCCGUUGCUGCGAUUUCGGAUUUGAGCUCAAGGAUAACUGGGACAACGGGCGAGAGCCAGGAAGCAUAGAGCGAAGGAUGAUGCAGAACUUUACGAGAUCUGAAUAUGAUCAAGUCAGGCAGUAUUUCGAUAGGCUGCCACUUUUAAUGGACCAUUGGAAAAUGUGGGGAUGGACAGAUAAAGGGCAGAUUCUCGAUGUGUGGACGGUGAUGAUGCUGAGGGCGUUUUGCUGGGGAAUCUGCCACUUUUUUGUUCCGGGCGAGAGGGUACCUAUCAGGUAUUAUGGGAGCCAGCUGCCGGUCUGGCUGUCUUGAGUUGAUGCUGGUUUCUCAGGACGUUGUCAACCGGUUGUUAGAGCUCGAGGCGGCAAUACUGGUCCGGUGUCAAAAUAGAGGCUGAACCGUCUAUCAGUUAUAGACUAUAUAUCAUGUUGGACAUUUGCCAAUUAUACAAUCUUAAUCUUUAUCUC